AUGGCAUCAUCAUCAUCUAACAUUGAUCUAACAGGACCCACCUUCUGCAUUGUGACUGGGGCUUCACAAGGCAUUGGAAAAGUUAUUGCUAUUGAGUUUUCAAAAUUAUUUGGCCCAAAUUCUGUGUUGUUGCUUUUGGCACGUAAAACAGAAGAAUUAGCUCAAACCGCAAAACUCUGUGAAUCUGAUAAUGUUAAAGUUAUCUACAAAUCCAUUGAUUUAUCUGUGGCUACUGAACAGGAGAUGUAUGAUAUUAUUAGCCAGGCAUUGAGUGGACACAAAGUGACGGAUUUCACAGCCAAUAUAAUCUUCCAUAAUGUUGGAUCUCUGGGCAACAUGUCCAUUAAAACAUCUUGUAUAGAAAAUGUUAAUGAGAUGAGGUCAUAUUAUGACUUGAAUGUCUUUAAAGUGAUAUCAUUGAACACUCAGUUUUUGAAACUGUUUGAAGAAGUUGAGGACAGGAUUAUCAUUGUCAAUAUUACUUCCCUGUGUGCUGUUAAACCAAUGAGCGGCAUGGCAUUUUAUUGUAGUGGCAAAGCUGCUCGUGAAAUGUACUUUAGGGUCCUUGCAGAGGAGAAAAAGGACAUGAUAGUACUUAAUUACUCCCCUGGGCCAGUGGAAACCACUAUGAUUGAUGUUGUCAUUGAUAAGACUGUUAAUGAGAAUCUCCGAGACGUAUUCACCACCUUCAAAAAACAAGGUACUCUGUUAAAAGCCGAAACAACAGUUAGAAAAUGUAUCAAAGUUUUAGUAGCUGGUAAAUUUAAGUCGGGAGAUCAUGUUGAUUUCUUUGAUGAUGAAUAGAUUCUAAUUAUAUACUCAAUAUGUGUGUGUAGCUUUAUUCUAUCUAUGCGGUAUUGUGAUCUUAUAUAAUAAUUCUUGUAUUGUAGGUACAUAGGUAUGUUUUAACUUGAUGCUAUCUAUUAAUAUGCUUACAUGUUUCAUGUAUUGUGGAAUUGUAUUUCCGUACUCAAAUUGCAGUAUCCUAUUUACUCUUAUUGUAUUUAAUAUAUUAUUAUGUAUGAAUGCAAUUCAUAAUAAUAAACGCUUAAUGUUGAA